CUAAUCAGUGUCCUCAUCACUUUUUUUCUUAUUUAAGUGAUCAAGUAUAUCAAACACUUUCAUAACUCCUUUACUUUUUCCUUAUUCAUCCUUCCAUUCAUGGCUCAUUCAUCUCAUAAACUCUUCUUUCUUCUCCUUGCAAUCUUCUACUCACACACUUCUGCUGUCAACUCCUACAAUGCUUCCACAACACCUCAGUCCAAUCUCUCUUCCUUAAGAUCUUUCUGCAUAACCACCCCAUAUCCAGAAGUUUGUUUCAAUUCAUUAUCCAUCUCAAUAAACAUAAGUCCUAACAUUAACAGCUACCUCGUUCAGUCACUCCAAGUAGCAAUAUCUGAAACCAUAAAGCUCUGCAAUAUCUUCCACAAUGUUGGACACUCAAACAUCAUAGAGAAGCAAAGAGGAGCACUUCAGGACUGCCGAGAACUCCACCAAUCAACAUUGGCUUCUUUGAAAAGAUCACUAUCAUGGAUCCGUUCCUCCAACUCCAUGAGCAUAGUUGAUGCAAGAGCCUACCUCAGUGCAGCUGUCACCAACAAGAAUACAUGCUUGGAAGGCCUAGAUUCUGCUUCUGGCACCAUGAAGCCAGCUCUGGUGAAAUCUGUGAUCAACACUUACAAGCAUGUCAGUAACUCUCUUUCUNUGCUACNGAAGNCUGAGACGGGGACUCCCGGAGACCAGAAGAAUGACCAGCNUUUGAUGAANGCUCCAAAGUGGUUAUCAAGCCGAAAUCAAGGAACUUUUCAAGAUAUGGAAGAGUAUAACCCAAAUGAAGUGCUAGUUGUGUCUGCAGAUGGAAGUGGGAACUUUACCACCAUCACUGAAGCCAUCAACUUUGCUCCAAGUAACAGCACGGAUAAGACAGUGAUCUAUGUCAAAAAAGGGACUUAUGAGGAAAACGUGGAAAUCCCAUGGUAUAAGACCCACAUUGUGAUGGUAGGCGAUGGAAGUGAUGUCACUGUCAUAACUGGUAACAGAAGCUUUGCCUGGACCACUUUCAGAUCUGCAACUCUAGCGGUUUCUGGAAAAGGUUUUCUUGCUCGUGAUAUUGCAAUUGAGAACAGUGCAGGACCAAAGCACCAAGCAGUGGCCUUGAGGGUAAAUGCAGACUUAACUGCUUUUUACAGGUGUGCAAUUAAUGGCUACCAAGACACUUUAUAUGUUCACUCCUUUAGACAAUUUUACAGAGAGUGUGACAUUUCUGGGACCAUAGAUUUCAUAUUUGGAAAUGCAGCAGUGGUUCUACAAGAUUGUAACAUCAUAUCCAGAAAGCCCUUGCCUGGGCAAUUCACUGUUAUCACCGCACAAUCCAGAGAUAGCCCUGAUGUGGACACAGGCAUCUCAAUCCAGAACUGCAAAAUCAUAGCCAGCCCUGAUCUGUAUUCCAACUCUAGCAGUUUCAAGAGCUACCUUGGGAGGCCAUGGAAGAACUAUUCUCGCACCGUUUACCUUGAGUCCUUCAUUGAUGCCUUCAUUGACCCAAAGGGUUGGAUAGAAUGGAAUAAUGAUAACAAAAGAUCGGACACAUUGUACUAUGGAGAAUACGACAACUAUGGACCCGGUUCCACCACAGAUAGUCGUGUUGAAUGGUUAGGCUACCAUUUGAUGGAUUAUGAUGAUGCAUAUAGUUUCACAGUUUCGCAGUUCAUCAAUGAAGAUGAGUGGCUUGAUACUACUUUGGUACCUUAUGAUAACGGGAUUUGAGCAAAUUUCAGAAGUGUUAUUUUGUUAAUGGUUAAGUUUCUUAUGAUUGUUACUUUCCUCUGCCUCAAGGCCUGUGUGAAACUGUUAUUUGCUGGGUUGG